AUUCAUUGAACAGAAGCAUUAGCUAAUUACUUAUCUAACUUAACGUCUCUAUGUCCGAAAAUGUUUUUUUUCCAGUUUUGGUAGCUUUUACUCAUAAGAUCUAUUUUCCACCUCUGGUUAUUUUUACUCUCUUCCUACUUCCAAAUUUCCUAUACCUUUUUUUUUUUCAUUAUGGGGUCCAAAAAGUCAUAAAUUACUUCUCUAGUAAACUUUUGACUAGUAUGUAGAAUAGUGAAGGAAACAAACAGCAUUCCUAUAUCUACUUGAUGCUCUUUGCUGAAUAUUUCAUAGUGAGUUUUUCAAUAGAAGCUGUGUGCUUUUUGUUGGAAGCCAGUGGGAACUAGUUUUCCAAGAACUAGUGUUUGGCAAAACAAAUUGAAAUCUGGAAAAUUCAAAUGCUUUUCAGAGAGAUUAGUUUUGAACACAUAUUUGCAGGUGGUUAGUAUAUUUAGAACAAUCUUGGUGUUAAGGAAGGUUAUGGACUGUAAUCUUUCAUUUCUCUGACCAUGGCCAGUAUCACAGUCCCAGAACAGCCAUCCCUCAAAUGCUUCUUGUUGGCCAAAAUGGAACAUAGUUUAGUGAGUGUUGCUGGAUCAGCAUAAACUCAUGAACAUGCCUGGAAAAAGCUUUAAGUAUAUGCAUUUUGAGUAAGGAACUGGUAAAGUCAUCCUUAUAUAGGAAAUUUAAUUCCUUAGAGAUUAAAACUGUUUUAAAUUACUGUUCUCUAGAAAUUUGAUCAUUAAAUAUGUGUGCAGAAUAUGUCUCUCUGUUUUACCAGUAACAAGUUAUACAAGAGUAUAAUACAUUUGUAAAUUGGCAGUUUAUUCUACAUAAUUGAAAACAUUUUCUUGUAAAACAUCUGCUUUUCCAGACAAGAAUCCAUUUGGUCCAACAAAAUGAUGGCAUUUUUUAAUAAAGGCAGGACUUUUUAUACUAAAGAAAAUUAAAUUACAUUGUUGUUCACACAUAUAUUUUUGGUUAUAGUAUUGUCACAACACAAAAUUAGUGGAGUAUCUUGGAACCUCCAAACAAUUUCUAUUCUAUAUUUAUCUCUAGAUCAUAAGAAUAUGAUUGUUGAUAAUUUCUAUGGAAAUAUUUGAGACAUAACACUUUUCUGUUUUGUGUUUUGAGAAAUCAGUAAUGAAGAUAACAUUUUAGAAUGUUGGGCUAAAAGUCAUUCUAAAAUCUCUAUUUUUUUACACUAUGUUAAUUUUAUUUCUUUAUCUUUAAGAUAUGACACAGUUACUUUUUUAGAGAUGAUGAAGUAGAAAAAUGCUGUAUGAUUUUAUCAUGUGGUAAAACUUACAGAAAGCUUUCAGUAGCCCACAAAGUCAAGCAAGAACUCAUUUGAAAUACUGAUACCAAAUCUUAUCUCAUAAAAUGUUUUCUGUAAAUAGAAGAUCCGUAUCCUCUUACACUGAUUUUUAAAUUUUUGUUUUAAAUAUAGGAACUAUUUUUCUUUUAAUGAUCCCCAAAAAGAUGAUUCAAGGGGUGAAUGAGUAAAAAGCAAGUCUUUAUUCGUCAUAUUCGUUACAUCAUGAGCCAUGAGUCCUCUCCUUCAAUUACUGCUUAGCUUUUACAAGACUUACACGUGCUGAGGAUUCAAAUAAAUAAGCUUUCAGCUUGUGUGGAGAAGUUGUGGAAGCCACCUAUAAAUCCAUUCACCGAAUUUAUGGAGGAGCCUGCAAAUGAUGGAAGUCAUUCAGAAGAACUGGUUUCCCAUUUUAAACGUAGACCAGAGAAAGAACAUUUACCACAGCAUGCCAGUGAAAAUCAACUCAGCUGCCUAAAGCAGGACAUCCUAAAUGAAAAGACUGAAUUGGAAGCCACAUUUAAGGAAGCUGAGAUAGCAACUUGCUCUGUGGAAUUACUUUUGCCAUUGUUUAAGGAAACCAUUGAAGAGAUAAGUUUUGAAAAUGCUAAUCUUUGUGCAUAUAAUUUGAAGAUUGCUAAACAGAAGGAAAUAUUAACAAAAGAAUUAGACACUUUAAAAUGUGUAAGACAAGCUUUAGAACAUCAUCUUAGAAAGAAAGAAUACCAACAAGUGGAGGGCAGUUUAUCCAGCAUGUUAGAGAAGCUGACUGAUAAUGAAAGUGAAAUCGCUAAUCUUAAAAAGAAGCUACUUGAAAAGGAGACCUGUAUCCAAGAACUUUCUUGUCUGUUUCAGAAUGAAAAGGCAAAUGCUUUGAAAGCAAACCGUUUUUCACAAUCAGUGAAAGUAGUACAUGAACGACUACAGUUCCAAAUUCAUAAAAAGGAAGCAGAGAAUGAUAAAUUAAAAGAAUACAUAAAGAGCUUAGAAACCAAGAUAUCAGAAUGGAACUUGCAAUUGAGAAAGAGUAAGCAUGAGGCUGUAGCAAUAAAAGAAUCAAGUAGGCAAAAAGCUAUAGCUUUAAAAAAGGCAUCUAAAAUUUACAAACAAAGGAUUGAACAUUUUACUGGAGACAUGGGAAACCUUACUUCCCAAAUUAGAGAGCAGGAAGCCAAGUUGUCUGAGACAAUUUCAGCUUCCAAUGCCUGGAAAAGUCAUCAUGACAAAAUUGUAAUAGAAAAAAAUGAAUUGGAAGUUCAGAUCGAAACAAUGAAAAAGCAAAUCAUUAACCUUUUGGAAGACCUGAAGAAAAUGGAAGACCAUGGAAAAAAUUCAUGUGAAGAAAUUCUUAGAAAACUUCACACAAUUGAAUGUGAAAAUGAAUCUCUGAAUCUUGAGAACACAAAAUUAAAGACUGCACUUGCUGCUUUGAAGGACGAGGUUGUUUCUGUUGAAAAUGAACUCUUAGAAUUACAAGAAGUAGAAAAACAACAGAAAACCCUUAUUGAAGUUUAUAAAACUCAGAUACAAAAGUUGCAAGAAGCAGCUGAAAUGGUGAAAAGCAGAUGUGAAAAUUUGCUACAAGAAAAUAACCUAAUAACAAAAAACAAAAAUAAAAAAUUAAAGAAGAUGAGAGGCCAGAUGGAGUCUCAUCUGAAGGAGUUAGAGCACGUCCGUGAUUCCUUGACGGCGGUGGAACAGAGGCUUCACGAGUGUCAGGAGAGCCUGCAGCACUGCAAGGGGAAGUGUGCAGACCAGGCACACACCGUUAGGGAGCUUCAGGGCCAGGUUGAUGGAAAUCAUAAUCUUCUGACAAAGCUUUCUCUGGAAGAGGAAAAUUAUCUUAUUCAGUUGAAGUGUGAAAACCUACAAGAAAAAUUAGAACAGAUGGAUGCAGAAAAUAAAGAGCUUGAAAAGAAGCUAGCAAACCAAGAAGAGUAUCUUAAGCACAGCAAUCUUAAGUUUAAAGAGAAAUCUGCAGAAUAUACAGCAUUGGCCAGACAGCUGGAAGCUGCUUUAGAAGAAGGAAGACAAAAGGUUUCUGAAGAAAUAGAAAAAAUGUCAUCUAGAGAAAGGGCUUUACAAAUUAAAAUAUUAGAUCUGGAAACUGAGCUUAGAAAGAAAAAUGAAGAACAAAAUCAACUUGUUUGCAAAAUGAACAGUAAAGCACAACAUCAGGAAGUAUGUUUGAAAGAAAUACAACAUAGUCUUGAAAAGUCGGAGAAUCAAAAUGAGAGUAUUAAGAAUUAUUUACAGUUUCUUAAAACUUCUUAUGUAACAAUGUUUGGAUGAAUUGUUUGAUUUAUUUUCUAUAAACUAGGUUUUUACUGUGAGUCUAAAAAGUAAUUAGGUAAAAAAUAAAUAUACUAUCUGUUGUUACACUUUAUAAUUUAUGGGUGGUAGUAUUAGUGCUUUUAUGUAAAGAUUUUUGAAACAUAAUUUAUUAUCUAGCUGAAACUUUAAAACAAGGUACAUGUUAGUACUCCUUUUUUGCUAGGUAAUUUUCAUUUAGCUCUGGGUUAAUUUGUAUUUAAUUUAUUUUGGUUUUUAGAAAAUUUUACACAGACAUGGAAAAGAAGUGAGAAUCAUUCUUUGUGACUGUUGCCACCGUUCAAGUGAGUUUGUAAUAAACCUCGGCCAAUUGUGGGCCCAAUACAUGAUUUUAAAUAACGUGCAUAAUUGUUUCACAUUAUGGUGCUGUAUAUGUAUAUAUAAAUUAAUAUAAUAAAGGAAAUAUCCUGGA